ACACAGUUUUGUCGACAAAAGUCAGGUUUCAUUGACAGAACAGUGGAGGUGUACACACUGCAAUGUUCCUUCUUCCAACGUAGCUCUCCUGCUUUGCCAACAAAAUAAAACUACCUCGAUGAGAGGCGUAGAGCUUCCUGUGGCAAAGUUAUAUUGAGAGGGCUCCUUGGUUAUGUCGCUGUAAAUGGCCUCCAGGAGUUGUCCCACAAUGCCCAUCCUGACCACUCUGGUCCAGAGUUUGAACUCCGCUGCCCUGCACCCAGGUACACAGGUUUCUGCCCUGCCCCCUUUAAAGUCCCAGGAAUUUUUGAAAUUCCACUUCCUGUUUGCUCAGUGAGGAGAGCUCACAUUGCAUAUGCCCAGCUGACCAUGACAGCUCCAUGCAGCAAAUGCUCUCCCGCUUGGACCACACCUGAGUUGUUGGAUCUGCUGGCACUGUGGGAAGAGGAGGCUGUGCAGUGCCAGCUCCGCUCUAGCCGUAAGAACUUCAAUACCUACAGUCAGAUUUCUCAUGGCUUUUUGGAUAAGGGCUAUGCAGCAGUGCUGUGCGAAGAUAAAGGAGCUGAGGCAGGUGUACCAGAAGGCAAGGGAGGCAAACCAUCACUCUGAUGCUGCGCCAAAGACCUGCCACUUCUAUAAGGAGCUGGAUGCUAUCCUGGUGGCGACCCCAACUCCACCACCAAGAGCCCCGUGGAUACUUAGGAUGGGCUGGAGGCAGUGGACUCAACCCCAAGGAGGAAGUUGUGGAUGAGGAGGUUGAGUUGGAGGAUAACGUGGAGAACAUGACAGGGUCGUCCAGUGGCAUGGCAAGUCAGGACCUCUUUUCCAUUCCAGAGGGAUCUAGACAGUCUCAGCAGUCCAUCUCUGGCGUGUAUGAUGCAGGAGAGGAGAGCUCUGAUGUGGACUUCAGGGGAACCCACUGUACACUGGCAGAACACCUCUGCCAGAUAAGGAAGCGACCAAGGUGGAUCAAGGAGGACAUGUUCCAAGAGGUGCUCCAAUCCUCAGAGGCCGAAAAAGGAGAAUGCAGGGAGUGGAGAGAGACCCUGAAGGAAAAAUUUAAAAUAGAAAGGCAGGACAGAAAGGAGAGUGAGGAGCGCAUUGUAAAGGGCCAGAAGUGGAUGAUAAAAGUGAUAGAGGAUCAAACAGAGAAGUCCCUAAUCAAGCUCCAGGCCGAACACGUGUGCUCACCCCACCUGCAGCCAAUACAGAACUGCUUCCCAUGCUCUCCAAACUCCUCCCACAUAUUCUUUACAACUUCCCGGAAUGUCUCGAUACCCCAUUCACUCCACCCCUUUGGACAGCUUCCAAAGUGACAGCUGGACUUACACACAGCUAUGAGAGCCUACACUGCCCUGCGUUAUCCUCUUCCUUCCAACCAAGCCUUUUGUGUAUGUUGUUAAUUGGUAUUUAAU